CCUUGCCCGAAAGGUACAAAGGUGUGGAAGAGGAGCGCGGCGGAGGGGUGGGGUGGGGGGAGAAGAAGAGGAGGCAAAAAAAUGUCUUCGACGUCGUCUUCGGUGGGGCCCCGCGGCCCUCGGCCCCCCACCGUGCCUCCCCCCAUGCAGGAGCUGCCUGACCUGAGCCACCUGACAGAAGAGGAGAGGAACAUUAUCAUGGCAGUGAUGGACCGGCAGAAGGAAGAGGAAGAGAAGGAAGAGGCCAUGCUCAAAAGAUUGCACCAACAAUUUGAAAGUUACAAAGAGCAAGUACGAAAAAUAGGUGAGGAAUCCCGCCGUUACCAAGGAGAACACAAAGAUGAUGCACCAACAUGUGGAAUCUGUCACAAAACUAAGUUCGCUGAUGGUUGUGGCCAUUUAUGCUCCUACUGCCGGACAAAGUUUUGUGCCAGAUGUGGAGGUCGGGUUUCCCUACGAUCAAACAAUGAGGACAAAGUGGUUAUGUGGGUAUGCAACUUAUGUCGAAAGCAACAAGAAAUCCUCACAAAAUCUGGAGCGUGGUUCUUUGGAAGUGGUCCACAACCGCUGCCUAGUCAAGAUGGAACACUGAGUGACACUGCUAGUGGCGGCGGUUCAGAGUCACCGAGAGAAAAGAAAGCAAGGCUUCAAGAACGAUCACGGUCUCAAACCCCCCUAAGCACAACAGCCAUCUCUUCGCAGGAAAUCUCCUCUAGUGUUCAAACUGACAGAAGAAAAGGCACAGAGGUAUCACAGCAAGCCAUGGGCCUGGAACAGAAGCAACCUUCAUCAAGGUCUAGAAGUGAACCUCCACGAGAGAGGAAGAAGACAUCUGCAGUUUCUGAACAGAAUGGGAAAGGAGGUCUAAAAGGUGAGCGCAAACGUGUGCCAAAAUCCGCACUUCCGCAGGGUGAAGGCCAAACAGAUGAAAGUGAGUAUAAAGAAAGACGUGAUGGUAGAAGAUUAGAGAAAGGGAGGUCUCAGGACUAUUCAGACUUUCCGCCCAAUUUUGAGGAAGGCAAGGCAAUAGAGGAAGAAAAACAAAGGAAAGAAGAUGAUUAUCACACUCGGUACAGGAGUGAUCCCAAUCUAGCACGAUAUCCUGUGAAGCCACAUCCUGAGGAGCAACAGAUGCGCAUGCAUGCCAAAGUUUCCAAAGUGCGGCAUGAAAGAAGACACAGUGAUGUUGCCUUGCCCCAUACAGAAGUCGAUGAGCCUGAGGUGCCUGAGAAUAAACUAGGAAAGCACUCGCAAUUGCAAGCCACUCAGGACAUACAAUCUCACCCAGAUACUCAGAGGGCAUACGCAGUAGAAAGAACAGGGGAUGUAAGAAUUUCCGUUUCUAAACAAUUAGCUAACCACACAUCGCCAACUCCCAGGCAGAGCGUGGUUUCUACAGAGCACUUAGAACCCCAAAACCAUGAUUCCUUUAAAACACAGAGUCGCCUCGAUCCUAGCUCUGCUAUUCUCAGUCGAAAAGCAAAGCGGGAGAAAAUGGAGACCAUGCUAAGGAAUGAUUCCCUGAGUUCUGACCAGUCAGAAUCAGUGCGUCCAUCUCCUCCAAAGCCUCAUAGACCAAAACGGGGCGGAAAGAAAAGACAAAUGUCAGUCAGCAGCUCUGAGGAAGAAGGAGCGUCAACACCUGAAUAUACCAGUUGUGAUGAUGUGGAAAUAGAAAGUGAAAGUGUCAGUGAAAAAGGUGACUUGGAUUAUUACUGGCUGGAUCCUGCCACGUGGCACAGUAGGGAGGCAUCCCCUCUUAGCUCGCAUCCUGUAACGUGGCAGCCAUCUAAAGAGGGAGAUCGUCUAAUUGGUCGUGUCAUUCUCAACAAGAGAACAACUAUGCCAAAAGAGUCAGGUUCAUUGUUAGGACUUAAAGUUGUAGGAGGAAAAAUGACUGAAUUAGGAAGACUUGGUGCCUUCAUUACCAAAGUAAAGAAAGGUAGCUUGGCUGAUGUGGUGGGACAUCUAAGAGCAGGUGAUGAAGUUCUUGAAUGGAAUGGUAAACCACUUCCUGGAGCUACAAAUGAAGAAGUUUACAACAUUAUUUUAGAAUCAAAAUCAGAACCUCAAGUUGAAAUUAUUGUUUCAAGACCUAUUGGUGACAUUCCAAGGAUUCCUGAAACUUCUCAUCCUCCACUAGAAUCUAGUUCUAGCUCAUUUGAAUCUCAAAAAAUGGAAAGGCCAUCCAUCUCUGUCAUAUCCCCUACUAGUCCUGGAGCCCUAAAAGAUGCACCACAAGUUCUGCCUGGGCAGCUUUCUAUUAAACUAUGGUAUGAUAAAGUGGGGCACCAGUUAAUAGUGAAUGUUCUUCAAGCAACAGAUUUGCCACCUAGAGCAGAUGGACGACCAAGGAAUCCUUAUGUGAAAAUGUAUUUCCUUCCAGACAGAAGUGAUAAGAGUAAAAGAAGGACCAAAACAGUAAAGAAAAGCUUAGAACCAAAAUGGAACCAAACUUUUCUCUACUCACACGUGCACCGUAGAGAUUUUAGAGAACGGAUGUUAGAAAUCACGGUGUGGGACCAACCACGAGUACAAGAAGAGGAAAGUGACUUUCUUGGAGAGAUCCUUAUUGAGCUGGAGACAGCACUGUUAGAUGACGAACCCCAUUGGUAUAAGCUGCAGACGCAUGAUGAAUCCUCACUACCUCUGCCUCAGCCAUCACCUUUCAUGCCAAGAAGACAUGUCCAUGGUGGAGAAAACUCUAGCAAAAAAUUGCAAAGAUCUCAGCGAAUCAGUGAUAGUGACAUCUCAGAUUAUGAUGUUGAUGAUGGUAUUGGAGUAGUUCCUUCAGUAGGCUAUAGGUCUAGCACUAGAGAAAGUAAAUCUACAACGUUAACUGUGCCAGAACAGCAAAGAACAACCCAUCAUCGUUCCCGAUCUGUAUCUCCUCACCGUGGUGAUGAUCAGCGCAGGACCCGUUCUCGUUUACCAAAUGUGCCAUUACAGAGGAGUUUAGAUGAAAUUCAUCAAAUGAGAAGGUCACGUUCUCCAACUAGACACCAUGAUGCCUCCCGAAGCCCAGUUGAUCGCAGGUCCAGAGAUAUGGAUAAUCAGUAUUUGUCCGAUCAAGAGAGUGAGCUUCUUAUGCUGCCCAGGGCAAAACGAGGAAGAAGUGCAGAGUGCCUACAUACCGCCAGAAAUUCUAUUAGGCACUAUAAAACACUACCACCCAAGAUGCCUUUAUUUGAGAAUGGCAGUUAUUGGAAUAUUUACAGCUCAACCCUGCCUGCAUAUGUUAAGGCCAAAUCUGUGCUUAGUCAGGAUAUUUCACUUCUUCAUAAUUGCCUUAAUUCACGAGUACCGAGGUUUACAGAUGGACUGUUGGUUAGUGAACUGCAGCCCUCACUUGACAGGGCUAGGAGUGCUAGUACCAACUGCUUGAGGCCUGAUACUAGUUUGCAUUCACCAGAACAAGAAAGAGGUAGAUGGUCUCCCUCACUAGAUAGGAGCCGACCCACUAGUCCCCGGAUUCAUAUCCAACAUGCGUCUCCGGAGGAUGACAGAACAACAACACCGCUGGAGUCUUGCAUUCCAAAACAAGACACUUUAAACUUCCUAACUGCUAAUCCAGAAGAAAUGCAGAGGCAUUCCAGAAAAGUGGAAAGAUAUAGCACCCAGAAGCAGACUAGGAAAGGCUCUGCAUCUGAAACAGAAAGGGUUCUACUGCCAUGUGUUUCUAGAAGGGGACCAACCCCAAGAAUCAGUGAUCAGCCAAUCAUUACUAGGGGAAAACAUCACACUCGCUCAAGGUCGAGUGAACACUCUAGUAUCAGACCAUUCUGUUCUGUACAUCACCUAGCUCCUGGAGGGUCGGCACCACCUUCUCCACUUCAGACAAGAAUACACCCACCGGGAAGUCCCAUGCAGUCCUCUCCAGCAGACACACCCUUCGGCAGCCGUAGAGGAAGACAGCUUCCACAAGUCCCUAUCAGAAGUGCCAGUAUAGAGCAAGAACAAGAGAGUUAUAGCUCAUCAUCAAAAGCAAAUUUAGUAGUGGAGGAACGAACAAGACAGAUGAAAAUGAAAAUGCACCGUUAUAAUCAGACAACAGGGUCUGGUUCUAGUCAAGAGCUUGAACGUGAGCAAUAUACCAAGUAUAACAUACAAACAGAUCAGUACAGAAGUUGUGAUAACGUCUCUGCCAAAUCAUCAGAUAGUGAUGUCAGUGAUGUGUCAGCUAUUUCCCGCACCAGCAGUGCCUCUCGCCUCAGCAGCACAAGCUUUAUGUCAGAGCAAUCAGAACGCCCUAGGGGCAGAAUCAGGUCAAAGUCUUUAGAGAUCUGCAAAACUGAUGGGAAAAAGGACAGAAGGAUAUCAUGGGAAUUAGAUGACAAGACGGGGGACUGUGGAAAGACAAUGACUGUGGAAGAAAAGAAAAGGAGAAGGCAUACUGUGGCUGAUGUGAGUACCUUUACUCCUAAAAUGCAAGGCAGACGGAUGGGGACUUCAGGGAGAACCAUCACAAAGAGCACAAGUGUCAGUGGAGAGGUGUAUAAGUUGGAACAUAAUGAUGGGAGUCAAUCCGACACUGCGGUUGGUACGGUUGGCACAGGUGGGAAGAAAAGACGAUCAAGUCUUAGUGCCAAAGUGGUGGCCAUGGUCUCACGACGGAGCAGAAGCACAUCCCAGCUUAGCCAAACAGAGACAGGCAACAAGAAGUUAAAAAGCACGAUACAGAGAAGCACAGAAACAGGGAUGGCAGCAGAAAUGAGGAGUCGUAUGGUCCGGCAGCCAAGUCGAGAAUCAACUGAUGGUAGUAUCAACAGUUACAGCUCUGAAGGAAACUUAAUAUUUCCUGGAGUUCGACUGGGGGCUGACAGUCAGUUCAGUGAUUUCCUUGAUGGUCUUGGGCCUGCCCAACUAGUAGGUCGACAGACUUUAGCAACUCCUGCUAUGGGUGACAUACAGAUUGGAAUGGUGGACAAAAAAGGCCAAUUAGAAGUGGAAGUCAUUAGAGCCCGAGGUCUAACACAAAAGCCGGGGUCCAAAUCUACCCCAGCUCCAUAUGUCAAAGUAUAUAUGUUGGAAAACGGGGCCUGUAUAGCCAAGAAGAAGACAAGGAUUGCCAGGAAGACCCUUGAUCCUUUAUACCAACAGACAUUAGUAUUCGAAGAAAGUCCUCAUGGUAAAGUCCUUCAGGUGAUUGUCUGGGGAGACUAUGGUCGAAUGGAUCACAAAUGUUUCAUGGGAGUUGCACAGAUCUUGCUGGAAGAACUUGAUUUGUCCAGCGUGGUAAUAGGCUGGUAUAAAUUAUUUCCACCCUCCUCCCUGGUGGAUCCCACGUUGACUCCUCUAACUCGCAGGGCCUCCCAGUCAUCACUGGAAAGUUCAACUGGGCCUCCCUGCAUUCGAUCUUAAUGAACAAAACAGCAGGUGCUCUUUAACAAAAUUGUUACCACCAAGGAUCGGAGCUAUUUGCAACAAUGAGGAGCAAUUUCAAAAAGAGACAAUCAUCACUUCAGUUUUGCCUGUAGUAGUUUAUCCAAAAAAAUAUGUCUGAGUUGUUUGUUCCAAGGGUGGCUUAAAUUGUCUGAACAAAUCGGUGUAUGAAAAUACAGUCAGUCCAUCAAGCAAAAUGUUCCUGAAGCUUCUGAUAAUCAAAACGAGGAGGGAACUCUGAAAAUUAAACUGGAACCGCUCGUUCUGUUCACAAUGACCCCACCCUGGUUUUUUUCCCCCCAGUGACCACCAACAGUGUUAACCUUUUGGUGUUUCUCUGUGUGUUAUUUCCAUUUGUUUUUGCUGUGUUAUCCUGCUAGUUUUGUCAAAAGUCAUCAUGAUGCUAACAGAGACCCUUCCUUUCUUUUUCUAACUCAAACCAAAAAGGGCUGAAGUCUAUCUCUGUAAGCAUCUCCAAAAAGUGUUCACCUGCCAGAAUUACUGUCUGAUGCCAAUAACAGACACAUAGCUCCUCCAUUCUGGUUGUCCAUAACCUUAAAACAUGUGGAAAACCAGAGUAAAUUUGCAGUUCAGUUUAACUUUUUAUUAGAGCUUAUCAUAACAUCCAUUGUAAAAAAAGUGAAUACAUAUACAUUAUGCAUUACAUAUCCCAUUUUUAAGUUUUAUUGAGAUUUUGCAUGGAGGAAACCUGCAGCUACAACUAUUGCUGAAAACCUGAUUUAAAAAAACACAACAGUUAUGUUUUUCAUUCUGACAUUAGCAAUUACGUCUGUAAAGCCAUUGUCUUACCAGACUCAUUGAGAAAAGUCUUUAUGUUCAUACAUGUAAAUGUAUAGUUGACUUCCCAAAUGUUGAUCAGGAAUGGAGUUGGGCAUCUGAACUUUUAGCUAUACCAAGGCUUCUCUGAUACAUGUGUCAUUUUUGACACAGUUGUCUGUCCUGGUUAGAGCAUGGUACAGGUUGUUCAGUUUUCCAGUGGAAGUUCCAGUUGAAAUAUUCUGCACUUACUAAUGUUUUUAUCAAAUUUCAGUUUACAUUUCUCUGAGACUGAUGCAAGCACAAAGCUUGAUUUUUAACAAAGGUAAUAUUACUUUUAUGGGGCGUGGGGGGAGGUACAGUCAAACAAUACUUGCAUUUUGUUCAUCUGGGUUCUUUCUUGGCCUUGAAAUCCCUUGUGUUUUUCUGUAAAUGUGCUGAAAACUGCAGAAUGUGCAGGUGCAUUGAGAAGUUCUCCUUCCUUUUAUGGUGAUCUCACAAAAUAGAGCAGCAUGACUUGGAACUGUUUCAAAGCUGCAUGCACGUUUUUGUAAAAAAAAAAGAGAGAGAGAGAGAGAAAUAAAAAGAAAAAAGAUAAAAGAUAAAAGAGAGGAAAAAAAGAAACAAACAAAAGAGAUUAUUUAAUAAUAUAUGUUAGUUCCACAUAGGCCAGGUUGUAUGUUGCAUGUACUUGUACAGUUUGCUCGUAAUUACUCUAAUGAAGUAACCAAGAAAUCUAAGCCAUCCAUUUUUUCUUAUAGACAUUUUGCAGGUUUUAGCCAGACUAUCAUUCAGUCUGGAGCUAAAUGUCUAUAGAUGGACUUUAUUUUUUACCCUAUGGAAAACGUGAUGUAGUACGGACCAAAUUCCUUCUAAUAAAUAUUUUGGUGUAGAUUCCUACUGUUGGGCUGUAACACAUGUAGAAACUGUGGACACAAUUAAGUUUUCCUUCAUAGACAUAACUGCCUGCACCAAGUGAACUAAUUAUUAUUAUUAUUAUUAUUAUUAUUAUUAUUAUUAUUA